AUGAGGCUGGUUGUGUGUGUAUCCAGGCUGGUUGUGUGUGUGUCCAGGCUGGUUGUGUGUGUGUCCAGGCUGGUUGUGUGUGUGUCCAGGCUGGUUGUGUGUGUGUCCAGGCUGGUUGUGUGUGUGUCCAGGCUGGUUGUGUGUGUGUCCAGGCUGGUUGUGUGUGUAUCCAGGCUGGUUGUGUGUGUGUCCAGGCUGGUUGUGUGUGUAUCCAGGCUGGUUGUGUGUGUAUCCAGGCUGGUUGUGUGUGUGUCCAGGCUGGUUGUGUGUGUAUCCAGGCUGGUUGUGUGUGUAUCCAGGCUGGUUGUGUGUGUGUCCAGGCUGGUUGUGUGUGUAUCCAGGCUGGUUGUGUGUGUAUCCAGGCUGGUUGUGUGUGUGUCCAGGCUGGUUGUGUGUGUAUCCAGGCUGGUUGUGUGUGUGUCCAGGCUGGUUGUGUGUGUAUCCAGGCUGGUUGUGUGUGUGUCCAGGCUGGUUGUGUGUGUAUCCAGGCUGGUUGUGUGUGUGUCCAGGCUGGUUGUGUGUGUAUCCAGGCUGGUUGUGUGUGUGUCCAGGCUGGUUGUGUGUGUGUCCAGGCUGGUUGUGUGUGUGUCCAGGCUGGUUGUGUGUGUGUCCAGGCUGGUUGUGUGUGUGUCCAGGCUGGUUGUGUGUGUGUCCAGGCUGGUUGUGUGUGUGUCCAGGCUGGUUGUGUGUGUGUCCAGGCUGGUUGUGUGUGUGUCCAGGCUGGUUGUGUGUGUGUCCAGGCUGGUUGUGUGUGUAUCCAGGCUGGUUGUGUGUGUGUCCAGGCUGGUUGUGUGUGUGUCCAGGCUGGUUGUGUGUGUGUCCAGGCUGGUUGUGUGUGUGUCCAGGCUGGUUGUGUGUGUGUCCAGGCUGGUUGCUGGUUGUGUGUGUGUCCAGGCUGGUUGUGUGUGUGUCCAGGCUGGUUGUGUGUGUGUCCAGGCUGGUUGUGUGUGUGUCCAGGCUGGUUGUGUGUGUGUCCAGGCUGGUUGUGUGUGUGUCCAGGCUGGUUGUGUGUGUGUCCAGGCUGGUUGUGUGUGUGCCAGGCUGGUUGUGUGUGUGUCCAGGCUGGUUGUGUGUGUGUCCAGGCUGGUUGUGUGUGUGUCCAGGCUGGUUGUGUGUGUGUCCAGGCUGGUUGUGUGUGUAUCCAGGCUGGUUGUGUGUGUGUCCAGGCUGGUUGUGUGUGUAUCCAGGCUGGUUGUGUGUGUGUCCAGGCUGGUUGUGUGUGUGUCCAGGCUGGUUGUGUGUGUGUCCAGGCUGGUUGUGUGUGUGUCCAGGCUGGUUGUGUGUGUGUCCAGGCUGGUUGUGUGUGUGUCCAGGCUGGUUGUGUGUGUAUCCAGGCUGGUUGUGUGUGUGUCCAGGCUGGUUGUGUGUGUAUCCAGGCUGGUUGUGUGUGUAUCCAGGCUGGUUGUGUGUGUGUCCAGGCUGGUUGUGUGUGUAUCCAGGCUGGUUGUGUGUGUAUCCAGGCUGGUUGUGUGUGUGUCCAGGCUGGUUGUGUGUGUGUCCAGGCUGGUUGUGUGUGUGUCCAGGCUGGUUGUGUGUGUGUCCAGGCUGGUUGUGUGUGUAUCCAGGCUGGUUGUGUGUGUGUCCAGGCUGGUUGUGUGUGUGUCCAGGCUGGUUGUGUGUGUGUCCAGGCUGGUUGUGUGUGUGUCCAGGCUGGUUGUGUGUGUGUCCAGGCUGGUUGUGUGUGUGUCCAGGCUGGUUGUGUGUGUGUCCAGGCUGGUUGUGUGUGUGUCCAGGCUGGUUGUGUGUGUGUCCAGGCUGGUUGUGUGUGUGUCCAGGCUGGUUGUGUGUGUGUCCAGGCUGGUUGUGUGUGUGUCCAGGCUGGUUGUGUGUGUGUCCAGGCUGGUUGUGUGUGUGUCCAGGCUGGUUGUGUGUGUGUCCAGGCUGGUUGUGUGUGUGUCCAGGCUGGUUGUGUGUGUAUCCAGGCUGGUUGUGUGUGUAUCCAGGCUGGUUGUGUGUGUGUCCAGGCUGGUUGUGUGUGUAUCCAGGCUGGUUGUGUGUGUAUCCAGGCUGGUUGUGUGUGUGUCCAGGCUGGUUGUGUGUGUAUCCAGGCUGGUUGUGUGUGUGUCCAGGCUGGUUGUGUGUGUAUCCAGGCUGGUUGUGUGUGUGUCCAGGCUGGUUGUGUGUGUAUCCAGGCUGGUUGUGUGUGUGUCCAGGCUGGUUGUGUGUGUAUCCAGGCUGGUUGUGUGUGUGUCCAGGCUGGUUGUGUGUGUGUCCAGGCUGGUUGUGUGUGUGUCCAGGCUGGUUGUGUGUGUGUCCAGGCUGGUUGUGUGUGUGUCCAGGCUGGUUGUGUGUGUGUGUUCCAGGCUGGUUGUGUGUGUGUCCAGGCUGGUUGUGUGUGUGUCCAGGCUGGUUGUGUGUGUGUCCAGGCUGGUUGUGUGUGUAUCCAGGCUGGUUGUGUGUGUGUCCAGGCUGGUUGUGUGUGUGUCCAGGCUGGUUGUGUGUGUGUCCAGGCUGGUUGUGUGUGUGUCCAGGCUGGUUGUGUGUGUGUCCAGGCUGGUUGUGUGUGUGUCCAGGCUGGUUGUGUGUGUAUCCAGGCUGGUUGUGUGUGUGUCCAGGCUGGUUGUGUGUGUUCCAGGCUGGUUGUGUGUGUAUCCAGGCUGGUUGUGUGUGUGUCCAGGCUGGUUGUGUGUGUGUCCAGGCUGGUUGUGUGUGUGUCCAGGCUGGUUGUGUGUGUGUCCAGGCUGGUUGUGUGUGUGUCCAGGCUGGUUGUGUGUGUGUCCAGGCUGGUUGUGUGUGUGUCCCAGGCUGGUUGUGUGUGUGUCCAGGCUGGUUGUGUGUGUGUCCAGGCUGGUUGUGUGUGUGUCCAGGCUGGUUGUGCUGGUUGUGUGUGUGUCCAGGCUGGUUGUGUGUGUGUCCAGGCUGGUUGUGUGUGUGUCCAGGCUGGUUGUGUGUGUGUCCAGGCUGGUUGUGUGUGUGUCCAGGCUGGUUGUGUGUGUGUCCAGGCUGGUUGUGUGUGUGUCCAGGCUGGUUGUGUGUGUGUCCAGGCUGGUUGUGUGUGUAUCCAGGCUGGUUGUGUGUGUGUCCAGGCUGGUUGUGUGUGUAUCCAGGCUGGUUGUGUGUGUAUCCAGGCUGGUUGUGUGUGUGUCCAGGCUGGUUGUGUGUGUAUCCAGGCUGGUUGUGUGUGUAUCCAGGCUGGUUGUGUGUGUGUCCAGGCUGGUUGUGUGUGUGUCCAGGCUGGUUGUGCUGGUUGUGUGUGUGUCCAGGCUGGUUGUGUGUGUGUCCAGGCUGGUUGUGUGUGUGUCCAGGCUGGUUGUGUGUGUGUCCAGGCUGGUUGUGUGUGUGUCCAGGCUGGUUGUGUGUGUGUCCAGGCUGGUUGUGUGUGUGUCCAGGCUGGUUGUGUGUGUGUCCAGGCUGGUUGUGUGUGUGUCCAGGCUGGUUGUGUGUGUGUCCAGGCUGGUUGUGUGUGUGUCCAGGCUGGUUGUGUGUGUGUCCAGGCUGGUUGUGUGUGUGUCCAGGCUGGUUGUGUGUGUGUCCAGGCUGGUUGUGUGUGUGUCCAGGCUGGUUGUGUGUGUGUCCAGGCUGGUUGUGUGUGUGUCCAGGCUGGUUGUGUGUGUGUCCAGGCUGGUUGUGUGUGUGUCCAGGCUGAUUGAAUGUUCCAGUAUAUCGGAGUACUCGGAGAGGAUCAUCAAAUCCAACCACCUCCACAGCGUCAUAACCAUCUUCAAAGGGAAAGUGGAGGAGGUGGAGCUCCCCGUUGAGCAGGUCGACAUCAUAAUCUCGGAGUGGAUGGGCUACAGCCUCUUCUACGAGUCUAUGCUGAACACGGUCAUCUUUGCCAGAGACAAGUGGCUGAAACCUGGAGGAUUGAUGUUCCCUGACCGCGCCUCUCUGUAUGUGGUGGCCAUAGAAGACCGGCAGUACAAAGACUUCAAAAUACACUGGUGGGAGAACGUCUACGGCUUCGACAUGACCUGUAUCCGCAACGUGGCCAUAAAGGAGCCGCUGGUCGACACCGUGGACCGCAAACAAGUGGUGACCUCGGCCUGUUUACUGAAGGCGUAA